AUGGGGAAAGUGGACGUCGACGUGAAUGGCGUGUCUAGGAACACGCGAGAGAUUUUGAGCAAGAUGAUUCGUCUGGUGCAUAACCUCGUGGAAAUCAAGGGGUAUUUCGGUACAAAGAAAGACGAGAAAAUUGAAAGCGUCUGUAAAGAUGCUGUAAAAAUUGCCAGGGAAAUGGCAGUUGACGAGUGGGAGGACACCCGCACACCAUGCACUACUGAGCAGUAUGUUCAGUGGAUCUGCCAGCUGCUGUGGGAUGCGAUCUGCGACGAGGGUGAUCCUUUUCCGCACAGAUUUGACGCGCCUGCCAACGACGCGCCUAUGUCUGGGGAAUUUCUCAAAGCGAUCGGGAUGUCGGAGACAGAGGUGGAGGAAGAGGUCCAGAGGUUCCGACAGAAGAGACAGCGCGAGAGCCUCGAAGCAGACCGGCGCAAGCAAGAGCGCAAGACCAAGGACGCGGAGUUGGCGGAUGCACGUCAGCAGUAUGAGUCUCGGCUUGAAGAGCUGCGCACGAAGAAGGAUGCGGAGCUGGCGGAUACACGGCAACAGCUUGAGACGCAACUGCAGGAGCUGCGCACAACGAAGGAAGAGCUGCGUACAACGAAGGAAGAGUUGGCGGAUGUGCGCCAACGUUUAGAGGACGGGGUCAAUGCUGCCAGCACGAGGGCAAGUGUAUUGCAGUCAGUGGUUGAUCAGCUCCAGCAAGAAUUGGACAACAGCCAGGGGCCACCGGCGUCCCCGGGUCUAAGACGCAAGAAGCCCAGGGUUGGCGAUUCCUAGCCUCGUCCCCAGACUCCGCCGCCGUCUGCGCCAAUGGGUGCAAUGACAAAGUGGCAGGCGGCAUUGAGAUGGCAUUGUGUCGAGGGGAUCGUCGAGGCUGGCGGCGAGUCUGCCGCGGGGUUGGAUGGAGUCAAGUGCGCA